CGCACACACGCUGGAGACAGUCCAUCUAUCCACUUGGUCAGUCAGUGCACCUGGCAAUUCGACUGCAGCAAGCAUCACGGUCAAGUCUGCCUUCAGCCUCGCAUCUGUCCUUGAGCAUUAGAUCCACCGUUUGAAUGGAGUACCAUUUCAAGUGGUCAUUCACGUACUUCUUUUUUAAAAAACUUAACCAGAAUUGCUCUUACAUACAGCUGAAUGUUUUGUUUUCCCCGUCACCAACUCGCCCAUGGCCCAAGUGAUUUUUAAAGGCUGUGAGAAUUACCUGCUUCUUCAUCAUUUACCUACUGCCAAACUCCUGCUUUCUCCUCACACCCUUGACAGGUCCAUCGUUCUGAAUAACCCACAGAAGAGGAAUGCUCUGUCGCUGGCCAUGUUGGAAUCUCUGCGCACCAACCUCCUCCACGAAGCAGAAAGCAAUGACCUGCGCGUUAUUGUCAUAUCAGCUGAAGGACCCGUGUUUUCAUCUGGCCACAACCUCAAGGAGCUAACAUCUGCUGAAGGAUGGGAUCAUCAUGCUGAGGUUUUUGCAGUCUGCACUGAAGUGAUGAAUUUGAUUCAGGAUAUCCCAGUACCAGUCAUUGCAAAAGUUAAUGGUUUAGCCACCGCUGCUGGCUGUCAGCUCGUUGCCAGUUGCGACAUUGCUGUGGUAUCAGAGAAGUCAAAGUUUGCCACUCCAGGAGUCAGCGUUGGGCUAUUCUGCUCCACGCCAGCUGUUGCCGUGGGCCGAUCUCUUCCUCGGAAGGUUGCUUUAGAAAUGCUGUUUACUGGAGAGCCUAUUUCUGCCCAGGAUGCACUGCUGCAUGGACUGGUUAGCCAAGUGGUUCCUGAGGACAGGCUGGACGAGGUGACUGCGAAAAUCGCAAACAAAAUCUGUGAAGCAAGCAGGCCUGUUAUUGCGCUGGGAAAAGCCACGUUUUACAAGCAAAUGGCCCAGAACCGAAACGAAGCGUAUCAAAUCGCUGCACAAGUCAUGUUGGACAACCUGGCGCUGAGGGAUGGUCAGGAAGGAAUUCAGUCCUUCAUCCAGAAGAGGAAACCUGUGUGGACACAUUCCACAGAAAAGGCUCGCGAAUAACAACCUGUGCUGCCUGGGUGUGGCAUGCAGUGUUUCCAAAUAAAGAAGCACUAUUCUGAAGCCUAAUUGCUAUUACGUUUUCCAAUGUGAGAUGCGAUUCCUUUCAAGGGAGUUCAUUUCUAACUAGAAUUAAUUGU